GUGAUGGCGCAGGUUGGCGCCGCCUUUGGCCCGGUGCUCAGCGUCUCGCUUCUCGCGCUCCUGCUACUUCUCCACCUCUUGGCCUGCGCGACGACACCGGUCCUUCUUUCGUUCGCUGCGAUUCGCGGCCGCAAGUAUGACUGGUACCUCUACACCAUGUCGCUUGUCUCGCUCUCGAGCGUUGCUGUGAUUGUCGUCAUGCCGAUUGUGCUGGCGCUUGGCGAUGCUGUUCCGUGCGCGGUCGGCUACCUCUUUCGCUACGUGCUCCCGCCCUUCACCAGUGGCCUCUACCUCCUCGGACAUCUCUCCGUCCUAACUGUCUUUGCAAGAAGCGACAAGCCGCCCGAGGUACCCCAGCGCCGCGGCCCGAGCGUCGAGGCCAUUCCAAAGACAAAUCAACCGUCGAUGCGCCGCGCCUGCGUCUGCUUUCUCUUGUACAUGGCGCCGCUCGCCGCAACGCCCUCUUCGAUCUUUGCGCUGCCGAUCGCGGCGUGCCAAGACGACGACACCUUCCGCUCGCUCUACUGGAUACAAGUGAGCCAAGGCUGCGUGUGGGCCGUUGGCUGCAAGUACAUUUCUCUGCUGUACAGCCGCACGCACGGCAAGUCCAUGGAGCGUUUCCGGACCAUCCAUAUAAAGACGAGCAAGGGCAUCUUUGCGUCGGCGCUGGUCAUUGCUGGCAUCAUUCUCGUGGCGUUGGCCUUGCACUGGGACGGGGUUUACGCCUUGUACCUCGACUAUACCGCGAUGGACGUGCUGCAUUGCAACCUCGCGUUCUGGUACUUUGACGGCUAUCGCAAAAGCAAGCGCGUAGCCGGCGUUGGGCCGCAUCUGCGCACGAUUUCGGCGCGCACCAUGAGCUUUCGCUCCAACAAAUCGACGGCCGAGGACACGGACGCGGUGCCGCUGCGCCAAGAGAUGGACGAGAUCCGGCGCUUUUUGUCGCUCGACGAUUAUUUUUCGGAUUUUCUCGCAUUUUGCGAAACCUUGGGGCGCACCCACGAGCCGCUCGCGUGGCGCCUUGUCCAGCUCCAUAAGCAGCGCAAGGUGCUGCCGGCGGUCGUCUACAACGACUGCAUGAGCCCAAACGGGCCGCUCGUGACCAUGACGGGCCUCAGCAUGGCCCCCAAAGUAGCCUCCGUCGUACGCGGCCGCCCCGACGCGGUCGUCGGCGAGACGCUCGACCAGCUCUACGCUGCGUUCGAAACCGACUUGCUGCGCGCCAUUUGCCAGCACGUGUUGCCAAAGUACCAAAAAAGUGGUCGGCUCUGGUACAGCUUUGUGCAGCGCCCCGCCGACAUUGCCCCACCCGAGCCACUACUCCUGACGAACACGCCGUCGAUGACAACCAUAAGCCACGCGCCGUCGACGCUCUUGCCAACGACCAACGAGCACGGAUCCAACACCACGGACGGGGCAGUACCGGGCAGCCACGACGCCGCCGGCUCACAUCCGUCGGUCACUUGACGUAACGAGUCCACCACAGUGCUCGACUAGAUCCGUGUCUACAUCACAGCAGCCGUUCACGCCGUACAAGCGUCCACCGCUCAACGCGAUUGAUGAAGGACCCUAACCUCAUGCCAAGGGUUAGGGUUUGGCUCCGAGACUAUGAAUUCCGUGAUGACGUCGUCUACCCUACACCUUACCUUGAACUGAAAGCAACCCGUCAUUGUA